GCUGAGGUGGGUGCGUCUGCGGGGAAGAGGAAGGAGAGAGAGGAGGGUGACGGACCGACGGCAGCAGCUGCAACACAGAAGAGGAUGAGACAAAACACGAUCACAGAGUCAGUCACGUCAAAGUGGCAGAUGGAGUUCAAGAAGAAGUGGCCGCGCUUUGUGUACAGUCAGCGCCUGACAUUCAACGUGUUCCGGAGCGAGCCAUGGUUGGACGUCGUCCGACACUUCAGGGACUUGCCGGGGCCAGUGAAGGUGUUGUGGCCUUCAGAGAAUGAGAUCGCGGACAUAGAGACCAUUGUACACACGGCGGACGAUUUGGGAGCUGAUCUCGCGGAGGUCAGGGCUCCUUUCUAUGUCACGGGGACCACCAUCAUGUCAGACGGAAGGAAGUCACGCGAUGCUAGACCCAUCGUGAACUUCCUUGCCGGCGGGUCUCGUGGGGUGAUGCUCGUCCGGGCGAUGAACAGGGAGGGUGAGCGGGAUCGGGCGCUUGAUGUGUUGGCGCGCAGGAUCAAGGUGUUCGAUGACUUCUCCCCUAAGUGGGUGAACGCCAUCUGCACCGACUCCGCCUCGGCGAACAUGCUUCAGGGGCCCCAACAGAGGUCGGAGCAUCGACGGAUCACGUGGCUCCCAUGCGCAGUGCAUGUCUGCAAUAAGAUGUUGUCAGACAUUGGUUGUUCGGGCCCGUGGUCCAAGGACAUCAUCGUGAGCGGAAGAGCGGUGGUGCGCUUCAUUAAGGAGCACGACGCCGCUCUCCAUAUCUUCCGGGGGGAGAGCACUCAGAUGGGCCUCAUCUAUCCUUGCAAGACACGUUUUGCAUCCGUGUUCGUGAUGGUGGAGUGUUUGCUGGCAGUGAGGUCAGCUCUGGAGAGGACGGUGGAUGGCGAUACUUGGGGUAUGGUCCCUUGGGACCAUUUCGUUCGUCAGUUGGCUAGGUGGGUCAGGUGGCAGGUGCGACAUGGCAGUUGGUGGGAUUCCAUGGGCAUCUUGUUCCAUAUCAUGUAGCCUGUGUACGACCUGCUGCGCAGGUUGGACCGCGGAGGGCUGCACAUGUC